AGGAAUGUGAAGGCUGGGGGUGCAGGCUGGAAGGAGGCCGCCUCGCUUCACCCCCCUCCCUUUCUUCUUCUUCUCCGAGCAGGCUGAAUUCCCGGCGGUCGCGGCUCGUGGAGGUGGCAGGACGGCGGCCACAGUUGCCGGGGGACUUGGGUCAUGAGACUCAACUCCGAUCGCGUUGGCUAGAGGAGGAGGAGGAGGAUAGAUGGGACUGACAUGAACGCUCCGGCGGCUGCCAAAGCAGCGCUUAGCGUUGGGAUGAAUUAGAUUGAUCUUCUCUGCAGCGAAGAGACAAAAGAGCGGGGCAGCCGGGCAGCGUGGUUCCUCCAGCAGGAAGCCCAGCAGAAUGGAGGGGCAGGAUUGGGGUUAUGAAACUCCCGGGCAGUGCAAAGGCAGCCUGCUGCAAACGCCUGGUUUGUGCUUCGGCAAAACGCUCGCUUUAAGGUGGUUUUGGUGAUCCUGUUGCUAGGAUUAAGCCUUUUUUUGCAUUGCAGCAUGGAGAGCCUUUUGUUUGAGUUAAAUUCAGACCUCUUGAUAUGUCACCUGACAGUCUUGUGGUUUUGGAUGAAUAUGGCUCAUUGCUAUUAUUAACCUGAGUUGGCAGCCGGGCACAACAGGAGUUUAGAGGGAUUUUGGAAAGUGGAACUGCUCGGGGGACAAAGAUGCUUCCCAGCUGGCCUCUGCCAGAGUUUGACCCGAGUCAGAUCCGACUGAUUGUGUAUCAGGACUGUGAGAGAAGAGGACGGAAUGUCUUGUUUGACUCCAGUGCCAAGAGGAAAAUCGAGGACGUUUCGGUGUCGAAACUCUGCAGCGAUGCUCAGGUGAGAGUGUUUGGGAAAUGCUGCCAGCUGAAGCCUGGAGGAGACAGCUCUUCUUCCUUGGAUAGUUCCAUCAAUUCCUCCUCAUCCUUCUCUGACCCAAAAGAGCAAUGCCCAAAAUACCAGGGCUCUCGAUGCUCCUCAGAUGCUAACAUGCUGGGAGAGAUGAUGUUUGGCUCUGUGGCCAUGAGCUACAAGGGCUCCACGUUGAAAAUUCACCAGAUUCGCUCACCUCCUCAGCUCAUGCUCAGCAAGGUGUUCACAGCUCGCACUGGAAGCAGCAUCUAUGGAAGUCUGAACACGUUGCAGGACAGUCUUGAGUUCAUUAAUCAAGACAGCAACACGUUAAAGCCUGACCACAGUACAAUUAUGAAUGGACUUCUUGGGAAUAUAGGUCUUUCACAGCUUUGCAGCCCUAGGCGGGCAUUCUCAGAGCAAGGUCCGCUCCGCCUGAUCCGGAGCGCCUCUUUCUUUGCAGUUCACAGCAACCCUAUGGAUAUGCCUGGAAGGGAGCAGAAUGAGGACAGAGACAGCGGUAUAGCAAGAUCUGCAUCUCUUAGCAGUCUGCUCAUCACUCCAUUUCCAUCUCCGGGCUCCUCGUUUAACAAAAGCUGUGCUAGCAGCUACCAGCGGCGUUGGCGGCGCAGCCAGACGACCAGCUUGGAGAACGGAGUCUUCCCUCGAUGGUCCAUGGAUGAAAGCUUUAACUUGUCAGAUGACAGCUCUGGGCCUAGCCCAGGAAUUGUCAGGAAGAAAAAGAUAGCAAUUGGAGUUAUUUUUUCACUCUCGAGAGAUGAAGAUGAAAACAACAAAUUUAAUGAGUUCUUCUUCUCACACUUCCCUCUUUUUGAGAGUCACAUGAACAAACUGAAGAGUGCAAUAGAACAGGCUAUGAAAAUGAGUCGCAGAUCAGCUGAUGCCAGUCAGCGGAGUUUGGCAUAUAACAGAAUUGUGGAUGCCCUUAAUGAAUUCAGAACAACCAUUUGCAACCUCUACACGAUGCCACGGAUUGGGGAGCCUGUCUGGCUUACAAUGAUGUCGGGAACACCGGAAAAGAAUCAACUUUGCCAUCGCUUCAUGAAGGAAUUCACUUUCUUGAUGGAAAACGCUUCCAAAAACCAGUUUUUACCAGCUCUCCUGACUGCAGUCCUGACUAACCACUUGGCCUGGGUCCCCACUGUCAUGCCAAAUGGGCAACCACCUAUAAGGAUCUUCCUGGAGAAGCAUUCUUCCCAGAGCGUGGACAUGCUGGCCAAAACUCAUCCCUACAACCCACUCUGGGCACAGCUUGGUGAUCUCUACGGGGCCAUUGGAUCACCCGUGAGACUGGCAAAAACAGUUGUGGUUGGCAAGAGGCAUGACCUGGUACAGAGGUUGCUUUACUUCCUUACUUACUUCAUCAGAUGCUCUGAACUUCAAGAGACACAUCUCCUAGAGAACGGCGAAGACGAAGCCAUCGUCAUGCCUGGAACUGUUAUAACGACCACGCUGGAGAAAGGGGAGGUGGAGGAAUCUGAGUAUGUGCUCGUCACCAUGCACAAGAACAGGGGCAACCUGCUGCCAACCGAGGCUGAAGAGAUGAGAACAUCAAACUGCAGCUGUAGAUACUGCAAGUGUCCCAUUUCCCUCGCACAGAACAUAGAAGGAGUUGCACAGCAAGAGAGAGAGGACACACAGAACACUCCUAAGGUAGAGCUGGAAUCUUCUUCAGAUGAGAACAGGACUAUUGUUCCUGAUGACUGCCAGGAAGAUGAGGUGAAGCAGCCCAGACCCUGCCUGGACAGCGCAGCAGAGAGUGUGGUGUGCACAGGGGCAGCUUCCCCAGAAAAAUGCGUGGUGGCGGAAGCAGGCUUGGAGCCGGCAGCUGGCAGCUGGAGGAGUGAGGAGCCGCUGGAGGCGGGCAGCCAGGCGGGCAGUGGAGCGAGGUCGCCUGGGAUUGCCGUGGAGAAGAAGCCGCCGGAUAAGCUCUUCUGUGAUGCCUUUCCUUGCAGUGCUGCAGAAGCUCAGACAAAGGUGACUUUCCUCAUUGGAGACUCCAUGUCACCCGACUCAGACAUCGAGCUCCGAAGCCAGGCAGUAGUGGAACAAAUGGCUAGGCACCACAGCCCGCCAGCGCCGCAGGAAGGAGUGUCUGCUGAGCAGAACUGUGAAGCCAAACAAACUGUUGAGGACCAAAAUAGAGACUGUGGGACAGCCGAACCCUUUCCCCAAGCUGCUAGCGAGCACCAGAGCUGGAAUCCAAACCCCUACAAUGCGGAGAGCAUGAGUCUGUUUGAUGAGUAUUUUACCGACGAGAGUGCAGUCGAAACCCGGACUAUUGAUGAUAUUCCAGGGCAAGCAGCUCCGCACCCCCUCGCUCACACCAGUAGUUUAGAGUUUUCUACAAAGCUGUGUACAAAGGCUGGCAAAGCACCCAGCCAGUUUUGUAGAUUUAUGGACUCUGUUCGACAGGAGACCUACAAAAACUGCUUCAAUGAGCAGGACCAAAGAGAGAAAAUCUCUAUUCGCGUCCCCCAUGGGGACAAAGAAAACCUAGAGAAAAAGGUGGCCCCGGGAAUUGACUGGGACAUUCCAAGAAAUGAGAGUUCAGACAGUGCCCUGGGUGACAGUGAGAGUGAGGACACAGGGCACGAUCUAACUAGACCGAGUGGUAACUACUAUGGAGGAGAGCAAGAAGACUGGGCAGAAGAAUAUGAGAUUCCUUUUCCUGGGUCAAAAUUAGUUGAAGUGAACUCUGUCCAGCCCAGUAUUGCCAAUUUUGGAAGGUCCUUGCUAGGUGGCUACUGUUCAUCUUACGUCCCCGACUUUGUUCUGCAAGGCAUAGGAAGCGACGAGAAGCUGAGGCACUGCUUGGUGUCAGAUCUGUCUCAUGCUGUGCAGCAUCCUGUGCUGGAUGAACCCAUCGCAGAAGCUGUCUGCAUUAUUGCAGACACAGACAAAUGGACGGUGCAAGUGGCCAGUAGCCAGAGAAGGAUGAUUGAUAAUAAACUGGGGAAAGAAGUGUUGGUCUCCAGUCUUGUCUCCAACCUGCUUCAUUCCACUCUUCAGCUUUACAAGCAUAAUUUGUCUCCAAACUUUUGUGUUAUGCACCUGGAGGACCGACUGCAGGAGCUCUACUUCAAAAGCAAGAUGCUGUCUGAGUAUCUCAAGGGCCAGAUGAGAGUUCAUGUCAAGGAGCUGGGCGUGGUGCUGGGGAUUGAAUCCAGUGACCUCCCCUUACUGGCAGCUGUAGCAAGCACUCACUCUCCGUAUGUUGCUCAGAUACUUCUUUAAAGUGCCAGAGGCCACAGACGUUGACUUUUUCUCCCCUCUGGAAACAAAGUGGAAGACAACUUGUUCUGGCUUCUUUCUCUUGGAAGCAACUAAACCAGACUGCUCGCUGAGCUGCAGCACCUCUGUAUGUGACUGCACGUCCUGCAGACACUUGGAGACUUGUCCUCUCCCACUUGGUCCUUUAUAAAACAGGAUUAAGAAAGGAACAAAGAACAAGGAGCAAGCCCGAGAUUUCAGCCACAGGAAAGGAAGGAUUCGAGGUUAUUUUACCACUUUCUGCCACAGUGGCUGACUGUCAUUCGUACUGGGGAGCUCAGGGAGAACUGCUUUGAGACAUCCCUUAUGCUCACCAGCUCUGAACCUCACCCAAGAGUGAAGCAGCUGGCUUCAGACUGGCUUCCACUGGUUGGGACCCCGCUCAGAUCCGUCAUUCUCGCACUGCGAUGAUUUGUAAACAACUUCUACUUUUUUCAUGUCCUAGUCAGAGUCUGGAUACUUGCCAGAGGAAGAGCAGGGCUGGGGCUGGGGGGGGAGGGGGGUUGGGUUGUUUUGUACAAAGCUUCUUAAUGACAGCUCUGAAAUUUAUUUAUGAUCGUUCUCCUGGGGAGAGGGAAGCAAGGGGGCAUGGGGAGGGGACAGGGAGGAGGGAGGGAGAGGCCAGCAGACAAGCUAGCAGUGGAGAUUCUCCUUCUUGGCCGGAUGUUGUAACCAGUAUUAAAUGUUCCUAACGUUUCCAUGUUGCUUUAUACUACGUGAUGCUUUUCUUCCACAAGCUAAUCCCAAUGGUGAGAAGUGAAAUCUGGAGAACAUUGGCUGAGGUUUCCCCGUGGGAUGCCCAGAGCGCCGUGACGAUUACCUCUUCCCUUCUUUAUGGCACCAUGGUGUCUGUUCCCUUCUGGACAGCAGGCAGCCAGCCGUGGAGAGCACGAGCUACAAGUAACUGUACCAAAGCGGUGGGGAGAAAGUGGCCAGGCUGUUGCCCUUCCUCGCUCAGGUGACUCACUGAUACCUUUCGUAAAACCAUUCUGCACGACCCCAAGCUGGGUUGCACCACGGGGUAGGAACAGCAGAAUUAUUUUUGAACAACUCUCCCCCAUGUCACAGAUGACUCUAAGCCCUUUUCUACUCACUUGUGUAAUUACCAGCAGAAAAUGUUUGUUUAUUCCCUUCCCCUUUCCUCAGCCAUCCCUCUUCUGUCACUGUACACACAGCGGCUGUCCCCGUAGCGGACGGACCCGGGCUGGUGUCAGUGAUGAACGCAGGCAGUGGGAGGUGGAUCACGUUUUCAAAGGCUCUACUACCUCAGUUUAACUGGACACUUCACCACAGGCUUUCCUCCACACUCUCUGUCCUAGCAGCCAGUUCCUGUAGCUGAGUUUCAGGUUCUGUUUUCCUUGGUGAGGAUCUGUAGGUUGAGAUUCCUGGGCCCUCCAGAGGAGGAGGAGAUCUGUGCUUGCUCGGUGGCUCCACUCUCUAAGCAGUUCUAUAAAUACAUCUCUCCCUAAUCAUCCUCUCACCAGUCCCACACGCCUGCCAUUGUUUGUGGAGUUAUUUUAAACACAGAUCUAUUUUAACAAUUUGAUAAGCUUCAAAACAAUAGGAGAGAUCCCUGCCCCCUUGCUACCAACAACAGACCCCCUCCCUCCCUGGGGCCAGGAUUUUGCCCAGGGUGGUUUUCCAGUAAUGUCUGACCUCUCAUAACUCCAGACUCUGUUCCAGGGAGAAUCUGCAUGGCAAACCCACCCCUUUCCUCUCAGGACUGUGUUAGUAAGCGAACCCAAGGCUGGUAGAGGCACUGCCAUUGGCAACUCUCUUGUCUCUGUGUGUUGACUGCUGCAAUGGAGACCCUUGUUUAAUAUAUCCUCUAAGGAAGCCUCUCUCACCUGUUCUUCCAAUACUCUUUCUUCACCCGCCAGUUAGAUUACACCUGGCUUUUGAGAUCAGCACAGAACAGGAGGGCCCAGCUGUUCAAACACACCUUUAGUGAAACCUGGAAUAGAGCUCAGAAGAUGACUUCUUAACUCUUGGCUGUGAUAUGUUGAGUAGUAAACUGUUCCAAUUCUGAACGUUGUACUGGAUUUGCAGUUGUGACCUGGUGAUGUCAGAGAUGCUGGAACCCCAAGGACACUCUUCUACCCUUCUCUGGGGAAGUCUCUUGUGUGGGUUCAUCCAU